UGUAUUCACGGGUGGCUUUCUUGGUGGCGCAACGCAAAUAUUUGUUUUUCUCUAAAUAAUUUGUUUGUUUUACACCACGUCUUUUCCUUUUUUGACUGGCUUCUCUGUUAAGGAAAACAAAAACAUCACUUAGUGUUUAAAAUCCCCUGGUGAGCCGAGAUUGUUAUGGGAAGUGGUUCUGAUCUCGUGAGACGGAUGAGAGGGGAUGGGGUUCCGACACGUUGUUUCACUUUGACAGCGUGCAGCGAGAGUGUCGUUAACUACUUUCCCUCUGAAUGUGAAGCGCGGCGGUGUCUGGUUCACCUUGUAUUAUGUGUAUGGUCUGGUGAAAUUUUACGACUGAAGCAAUCUAAAACAAAGAAAAGCUGGGGAGGAAAGCUACUGAUCGCUGGGCGGGUCUGGAAAGCGUGUAUAUUGUAAAUAUGCUCACAGUACGGAAGAAGCGACAUCGGUUAGCCAGGAUGGCGAGCGUGCGUUUUCUCCUAAGUACCUUCGUGUAUGUGAUUGUCCAGUCAUGGAGUUUGAUCUACGGGUGUCCCAACGGAUGUGAGUGCAUAGCCGACAGCACUGUGCGCUGUAAAGAUAUCCUUAGCAUUCCCAGCGAUAUACCCACCAACACUAGGACACUUAAUUUAGACAGAAGCCGCAUAACUACUAUACCCACGCACGCCUUUUCAAAUCUUCCGAAACUCCAAGACUUAACCAUAGAAUAUGCCAAUGUAUCUGUUAUCGAGUCGAUGGCUUUCAUGGGACUUAAAGAGCUAUCGAGUUUGUCCCUCAGAGGGAAUCCCAUCCGGACGCUGGAGCCGCACUCUCUCAGCGGAAUAGAGAGCGUGAUCUAUUUUCAUCUCAGAGAUAAUCCUAUAGAAGAAAUAAAGCCAAACGCCUUUUCGGGAUCUAGUAAAAUUGAUUAUUUGUACCUAAGCAGCACAAAGCUACGCAAGAUUCACCCAGGUGCCUUCAACCAAUUGUCUAAUGUACAGUCUUUCAUCCUCACCGACAACAAGCACUUGGGAGAGCUCACCAACGCCUCUUUCCUCGGUUUAUCAAACGUCGACUUCCUUACUUUUUCCCGCUCAAAUAUAAGCAUAAUAAGGAAUGGCGCUUUUAUGGGAAUGAGCAAUGUGAAGAAGGUAAAUUUGGAGAAUUGUGGUAUUCAAGGAUGGGAGGCUGGCGCCUUUGGAGGAGUCACAGGCGAUGUUCAGUACAGUUUACAGAAUAAUCAAAUCAAAACAUUUGCCAGAAACGAAUUUUCUGGAUUGAAAAGCACUUCUCUGUUGAAUUUAAAUAAGAACCCCAUCGUCUGCGAUUGCGAUUUAAAAUGGGUGCUUGACUCGACGCUCCCCAUGGCAACGAAGGCCACUAUCGUCUGCGCAAUGCCAGAGGAACUGAAAGGGAGAACAAUCACAAGUUUAACGGGGAAAGACCUGACGUGUAUUACAACCACCGCCCCUACUUCAGGGAGUGCCACCCUCAGGCCUGUGUCUAAUCCUACCACAAAAACAAUCUAUUUCCAAGACAACUGGUUUACCAAAAUAGUUGUGAUGUUAUUCUUUCAAGUCGUUAUGUGGUUUGCUACCGGCAACACUAACAGCACAGGUUUAAUCAAUGCCACUGUGAUACCUUUAGCCACGUGAGGCACGGUAUAAAAUAGCAUAUAUAUAUAUAUCUGUAUUGCUGUGUUUUUUUUUUAAUUGACAUCAGGCUUUUCUUGGUGUCAGAAAUGGCGAAUUUUAGUAAUCUCUAUGACACUUUAUGGGGGUGAAGACGCUUAUAAAAUUCUCUACGUAUAGUAAAAAAAGGCUCAGUAGAACAUGCAUGCUCCUCUGAAACUCAGAGGAUUAUUCUGCGGAGAUCGUGACAACUAGAUAAGUUGUCAGACCUCACUGUAGAAAUAUUGCAACAAAAUAGCCUGUUGAAUCUUGUGAAUAUUGUACGUGUAAUUAGAAACAUUUGAAACGCAACAAAGCCUCUAGCAUGAAGGGAUUCUGCAAUUAUGUUGUCAGGUGCAACAUAUAAUAUAUGUAAAUAGCUUUCCAAAGGUUGUGCAGCAUCAGGCGUAUUAGAGGCAGUUUUGUUUUUAGUAUUCAUCUAGUUGAAUUAUGCCAUAUGUCACGUUAGUUGUUACUACGCAAAACCCUUCCUACAUCCCUUGAGCUAUGAGGAAAAUAUACCCAUGGGGUUUAAGUCGUGUUAUAUGUUAACUAUACUACUUCCAAUCUGAGGUGUAAUGCAAUCCCGAGAAAUGCUAAAGAUAUAUGGAUCUUUAUUUUUUAUCAAUGCAAUUAGAACUAAGAUAAGAAAGUACCCAUCGUCAUGAACGUGAAAACUUGAGCUUUGUCCGCCAGCGCAGGUGUUUUUUAUCGAUAAGUUACUGUUCACGUGUAGUCCAUGUUUGAAUUAAGCAACACCAGGCAGCUACUAAUAAUAGUAAAGAACCGAAACCUCAAUAGUGAUACACGUAGCCUAUAUGUUGUUUGGUGCUAAAUGUACAAUUUUGUGAUGUGUACUAAUUUUGACAUUUAAAAUCAGGAUUGGUUUUUUACGUCGUAUCCGGAUGAUCACCAGUCAAAAUCAUGAAUAAAAUUUUGAUGUUUUCUAAUCAGCCGAGAAGAAAUUAUUAAGAAGUGAAAUUAUUGAAAGAUGCAUUUAUCUUAUAAUGAACUUUAAAUUUUGCAAUGGCAGUUUUUGCAGAUUUCUUUUUGCAAUGUUUUAUAUCUGCAGUUUGUUUAACAUAUGUGGACACUUGUUGCCAGUUUUAGUGUUUUGUUAAAUGUAUUGCCAGUUAAUAUAUUCACAUAUAAGCCUGCAAAGUUUUCAUCAAAGCCUUAUUGCCAAGUUAUAAGCUGCAAGUUAAACAGAAAAUUGCAAAAAUGCUUUUAUAUACCUUUUGCCGGCUUCAUAACACGUGCACCAGGCGCUUCAGUUGACAAAUUUUAUUGUAUGCUGUCAUUACAGAUUUAUAAAGGUUUUGAAGACGUGUAUUUGUCAUUCCAUUUCCAAACGUCUUAAGCAAAUGUUUUUUUUUCACAAACUGGUAUUCAGUUUAUGGUUACAUCAUUGCAUUCUGUUUUGAAAUACAUUUUGUAUCAGGAUAUGUUUCUUAUUUACAUCUUGAACGCAUCCUCGUUAGAUUGUGAUACCGAAAAUGCAAAAGCGAUGCGAUACACAGUAUAUAGUAUACAAUUAAAAUAUCAGCUAGGUAGCCGUUACAAUGAUCAUGUGACGAUUGUCCCAUUCUAUACAUGCUUGGUAUCAAACCAUAUUGUUUUUACUUUGCUAAUGUACGUAAAAAUACAUUGUACAUUUUUAUAUCAGUUGGGAUAAAUGUUUUAUAAAGAA